AUCAAUCGUCCCAUUUUUGAAAUUGAGUAUUUUUGCAUAUUUGGUAAUUUGGAACUGUUGAGUUUUUUUGGUUCAUGAAUAGACAACCAUUUGUGAAGUUGGAAAAUGAUGAAACUGAGAAAAAUGGAGAUAAUAUACGCUACUUUCACCAUAGUCUUAUAUCACCAAUUGUUAUUGAAGAAUAUUUGAAAGCAGUCGACCCUGUGGUAGCGCUUGUUAUGGUGUUCAACUUUACUUCCAGCGUGAGCAUUGUCUCGGUCAACAAGUAUGUAACCCAAUUGGGUUUUCGUUUCAUGUGUACUCUUACCUGCAUCCAUUUUAUUGUCACCUUUUUGGGUUUGGUUCUUUGUUCUUAUUUGGGUUUAUUCAAACCUAAGAAACUAGAUAUUUUUGCAGCGUCUCGUUUAGCUUUGGGAAAUAUGGGAUUUGUAGUUUUGACUAAUCUUUCUCUUCGGUAUAACUCAGUUGGCUGCUAUCAAGUUUUGAAGCACUUGACUACACCCGUUAUUGUAUUUAUAGAAGCUGUAUUUUACAAAAUAUAUUUGGAAAGAAAGUUUUAUGUUCCUUUGACUUUAGUUUGUGUUGGUGUAACCGUUGCUACCCUAACUGACCUAGAGUUGAAUUUUCUCGGCAUUUUCUUUGGUUUGACUGGUGUAGUUGUUACUUCACUUUAUCAAGUUUGGUGUGGGACCUUGCAAAAGUCAUUGGAAGCGAAUCCCUUGCAACUUCAAUACUAUAUUGCUCCUUUAGCUGCUCUAUUUUUAGCUCCUUUAUUGCCCAUUUUAGAAGACUACAAACCAUCUUCGCCUUUUAGUAUUUUUCAGUUCGAUUUUACUGUGAAGAGUGUGUCUAUGAUUUUGCUGUCUUCUCUGAUUGCUUUCUGUGUAAACAUUUCGAUAUUCAUGGUUAUUGGAAAGACUUCCGCAAUUACUUACAAUGUUCUUGGACAUUCCAAAACAUGUUCGAUAUUCCUUAUUGGCUUUCUCUUUUUCAAGCAACAGUUUUCUUGGUUGAAUUUUAGUGGUAUCAUUUUAACACUAUGGGGUGUUUUCUGGUAUACCAAACUGAAAUUGGAGUCCUCCAAUCCUCCUUCUGGAAAAUCGUAAGCAACUUUACGAGCCAAACAAAUUCUAUAAAGUCUUGAUACGUUUUUUUGAAACAUGGAAAUGAAUCUGGAAUAUUUCUUCUCCUAAAGCUUUAUUUCCUAUUCAGUCACAAAUACAAGACGCGAAUAAAUUCACCUUUUAGAUU